AUGGCAGACGAGAGCAAGGAUUGGCGAAGUGAAGGAGCUGUCACUCCUGUCAAAUACCAAGGCCAAUGCGUUGAGGGUGUGGCUAAGAUUGCCCGUGGGAAUCUCGUAUCUUUGUCCGAACAACAGCUUCUAGACUGCGACAGAGAGUACGACCAAGGUUGUAACGGUGGGACAAUGUCGGAUGCUUUUAACUAUAUAAUCCAAAACCGAGGCAUCGCUUCGGAGGAAGUCCUACUCUUACCAAGGAUCAGAUGGGAUAUGCCGGUCCAAUGCAGUACAAGCUGCCCGGAUCAGUAG